AUGGCGGAAGGCAUUAGUAGUGACAGGCUGAACUACGGCGGGCCUGUUUUCUUCCACGUGAGGCUCGUUGCGGACCCCAUGGAAUUGCUGCCGGAGCGAGUGACCAUCGCCAUCAACGAGCGCGGGGUGCACUUUUUCAGGACAGACCCAGAAAAAUAUCUCUACACAGUGAAGUGGCAUAGCUUUUUACAAAUUGGCACCAGCCCCACCGCGCUGCUAUUCAAGAUGGGCGAGGCGGAAUCACCGCACUUCUACCAGUUCGAGACUACUAAGAGCGAGGAAAUAUGCGGUGCCAUCAAGGCACACGUCAAUUAUGCCCGCACUCGCCGCUUGGCUCGGGAAAGAGCGCAGCAACAAGCGUCGGCGCGUUUUGUUGUGCCUGCGGGAUCGGCGUUGGAGCAGCGCUCGUCUGCUGAGCUGGGUGAGCUGGCAGCCAAGCUGGCGGACACCGAGCAGCAAUUGAAGGAGCACCGGGCGGCAGUGGCCCAUAUGAGGGAGGAGGUGAAGGAGACGAGGGAGGAGAUGGAGCGGAAGCUAGUGGAGCAUGUGGAGGUGGUACAGCAGCAGCGCAAGCGGAUAGAGGAGCUGGAGAAGGCGUAUAAAGAGGAGGCUGUGCUGCGCAAGCGCUACUACAACAAGAUCCAGGACAUGUAUGGGAAGAUCCGAGUGAACGCGCGGAGUCGGCCGCUGAAUGGCAGGGAGCAGGGCGAGGGGCAGAAAAUGGUGGUGGAGAUGUUGGACGAGUACACGCUCCUGCUCCCCCCCUCCAAGGACGGGGAGAAGCCCAAGGAGUUCCAGUUCGACCGGUUUUUUUACCAUACCGCCACUCAGGAGACUGUGUUUAAAGACAUACGGCACCUGACCCAGUCGGCCAUCGACGGAUUCAACGUGUGCGUCUUCUCGUACGGGCAGACGGGAAGCGGAAAGACGCACACCAUCUACGGCGACGAUGACGACCCCGGGCUCACGCCACGCGCCAUGGAGGAGCUCUUCCGCAGGCUCGAUAAGGAGCCAAAGCGCAUGACCUACAAGCUGCAGGUGUACAUGGUCGAGCUCUACAUGGACAAGAUCAUCGACCUGCUGCUGCCCAAGACUGCCGGAAAAAAGACGCUGAAGAUUAAGAAGGACGAAAAGAACGCCACACUCAUCGAGGUGGACAAGCUGCCGCGCCUGCGGGAAGUGGUGCAGGAGGGCAUGGAGAGGCGGGUAGUGGCGGGCACACAUAUGAACGCGCAGAGCUCAAGGUCGCACCUUGUGCUCUCCAUCAUAGUUGAGACCACGGACCUGCAGACUGAGAUCGUGAGCUGUGGAAAGCUCUCCUUUGUGGACUUGGCGGGGUCGGAGAGGCUGGAGAAGUCGGGGUCAGAGGGAAAGCAGAAGGAGGAAGCCAAGUACAACAACAGGUCGUUGUCUGCCCUGGCUCGCGUCUUCGCUGCGCAGGCUCAAAAUAGCGAACACACCCCGUACCGCGACGAAGAUCUCACCUAUCUCAUGAGCGACUCGGUGGGAGGGAACGCCAAGACCAUCAUGUUCGUAAACAUCUCCCCGGCAAGUGGUAGUCUCGACGAGACUGCCGACUCGCUCGACUAUGCCAUGCGGGUGCGCUCGAUCACGAACGAGGCAUCCAAAAACGUGGUGAACAAGGAGGUGCAGGGCCCAAAGAGCACGGUGGAGCGCAUGAAGAAAACGCUAUCAGACUUAAUAGUAUGA